AUGGCGGUGAACACUGAAACAAUGCAAAAGUCGAAGUUCGGAAGAAUCUGUGUGUUCUGCGGAAGCAGCCAAGGCAAGAAGAGUAGCUACCAAGAUGCUGCUGUGGAUCUAGGCAACGAAUUGGUUUUAAGGAACAUUGAUCUAGUCUAUGGAGGUGGAAGCAUAGGUUUGAUGGGUCUGGUCUCACAAGCUGUUCAUGAUGGUGGUCGUCAUGUUAUUGGGGUUAUUCCCAAGACACUCAUGCCUAGAGAGUUGACCGGUGAAACAGUAGGAGAAGUAAGAGCCGUGGCAGAUAUGCAUCAAAGAAAAGCUGAGAUGGCUAGACACUCUGAUGCUUUUAUUGCCUUACCAGGUGGAUAUGGAACACUUGAAGAACUAUUGGAGGUCAUAACAUGGGCUCAGCUUGGUAUACAUGACAAACCGGUGGGUUUGCUCAAUGUUGAUGGAUACUACAACUCGUUGCUCUCUUUCAUUGAUACAGCCGUUGAAGAAGGAUUCAUCAGUCCAAACGCUCGCCAGAUCAUAAUUUCUGCGCCUACUGCUAAGGAGCUUGUGAAGAAGCUUGAGGAAUAUUCUCCUUGCCAUGAAAGUGUUGCGUCUAAGCUCUGUUGGGAGAUUGAGCGGAUUGGCUACUCUUCUGAAGACUGA